AUGAAAAGACGGAGCGAGAAGAAGCCAAGCCUCUCUCCUGACACUGGGCCUCACAGCGGUCAGGGACUGGGCCUCACAGCGGUCAGGGACUGGGCCUCACAGCGGUCACAGACUGGGCCUCACAGCGGUCAUAGACUGGGCCUCACAGCGGUCAUAGACUGGGCCUCACAGCGGUCACAGACUGUGCCUCACAGCGGUCAGGGACUGGGCCUCACAGCGGUCACAGACUGUGCCUCACAGCGGUCAGGGACUGGGCCUCACAGCGGUCAUAGACUGGGCCUCACAGCGGUCACAGACUGGGCCUCACAGCGGUCACAGACUGGGCCUCACAGCGGUCAUAGACUGGGCCUCACAGCGGUCACAGACUGUGCCUCACAGCGGUCAGGGACUGGGCCUCACAGCGGUCAUAGACUGGGCCUCACAGCGGUCAUAGACUGGGCCUCACAGCGGUCAUAG